GAGGGAGGGGGCGGGGUUCAGCGCUCGCGGCUUUAAAUGAGGAGGUCGGACUACUCGGUCGCGUGCGAGUGGAGGGAGUGUAUGGGGACUGUUGUGGAAAGAGCGCUCCUAUAGAAAUUGUGACAGUCGCACAGAGGCAGGACGCUUUAUUUGACAUUUCUCUCUCCAUCUCUAUUUCUCUUACAUCUACAAUCUCUGUCGGAGGAAGAAAAAACAUUUAAAAGAACUAUUGGAGAAGUGUCAGGUCAGUCAGCAGGAUGCACCGGCACAGUGGAGGCCAUGGAGGAGGAGGUCCUCAGGAAGUGGAGCUAACAGAUGAAGAGAAGGAGAUCAUCAACAGUGUUCUGGCUCGGGCUGAGACCAUGGAGGCCAUGGAGCAGGAGAGGAUCGGGCGUUUUGCCACUAGGUUGGACAGUAUGAAGAAAACAGCAUGUGGAGAUGGUCACUCUCGCUGUCUGCUGUGUGGAGAGACGUUUGGCCAGCAGGGAGUCAACUCCGUACUCUGUUCCCACUGCAAGAAGCAUAUGUGCAGUAAGUGUGGGAUUCAGAACAACAGCCGGUCGUCAUGUCCUGUGUGGGUCUGUAGGAUCUGCAGCGAGCACAAAGAGAUGUUGAAGCGUUCUGGAGCGUGGUUCUUUAAGGGCCAACCCCAGAAGGUCCUCCCUGCUCCCCUGCCCAUCUCCAGGCCCAGAGGGACAGGUAGAGAGAGCCCCCGUACCCUGAACCCCACCCAUCACCAGCCCAGUACCCAGCCCUAUGCCCGUACCCAGACCCAGCCCAUCUACCAGCCAGACGCUGGUGCCCAGGACUGCACAGAGCAGCAGGAGCAGCAGGGUAACUGCUGCUCCAACACAGAGAACCAAGAGCCCACCGAUGAGCCCCCGUACUCCAGCUCAGAGCAACAGGACCCAGAGGGGUAUAGGUCUGCUCAGACACUAGGGGGCGUUGCUGUGCAGGAAGAGUUGGUGAAGAACCAGUCUAAGUUAGGCUCCAGACCUCCCACAGCCAGGGGGAGAGAGAACACGCCAGCUCCAGCUGACUCAGUCACACUACAGGCCCCUGCGCCCGAGGAGAGCAGACACCCUCACCAGAGGGAGGAUAGAGCCCCAACUCCAGUCGGGGAGGAGAAACCCACUCCUGCCCCCAAACCCACCCUGGCAGCACGCCCAGCCCCCGCUCCUGUCGAGGACGAUGACAACGAAUAUGACUCUGAUGAAUCCACCACCCUGGGGUUACUGGAGUUCACUCUGCAUUAUGAACAGGAGAGCAACGCACUGCACUGCAAUAUAGUCAAAGCCAAGGGCCUAAAGCCGAUGGACUCUAAUGGCCUAGCAGACCCUUACGUCAAGCUGCACCUCUUACCUGGUGCCAGUAAGUCUAACAAGCUGCGUACUAAGACACUGAAGGGCACUCUGAACCCAGUGUGGAAUGAGACUCUGGUGUACCAUGGUAUCACUGACGACGACAUGCAGCGCAAAACACUACGGCUGUCAGUGAGUGAUAUGGACAAGUUUGGGCACAAUGAGUUCAUCGGAGAGACACGUGUUGCUCUGAAGAAACUCAAAGCCAACCAGAAGAAGAACUACAGUGUGUGUCUGGAGAGGGUGGUCCAGGUGAAGAAGGCAGGAACAGGAGGCUCAGCCCGGGGCAUGGCACUCUACGAGGAGGAGGUAAAGGAGGAUGCAGAGGAGAGGGGUCGUAUCCUGGUCUCUCUAACCUACAGUACCCAGCAGGGUCGUCUGAUAGUGGGAGUGGUGCGAUGUGCUCACCUGGCAGCUAUGGACUCUAAUGGAUACUCAGACCCCUUCGUCAAGAUCUUCCUGAAACCAGACAUGGGGAAGAAAGCCAAGAACAAGACUCAGAUAAAAAAGAAGACGCUGAACCCAGAGUUCAACGAGGAGUUCAGCUAUGAGAUCAAACAUGGUGAGCUGGCCAAGAAGAGCCUGGACAUCUCAGUCUGGGACUAUGACAUGGGAACAUCCAAUGAUUUCAUUGGAGGGUGCCAGCUGGGCAUCACAGCCAAGGGGGAAUGUCUGAAGCACUGGUACGAAUGUCUGAAGAACAAAGACAAGAAGAUCGAGCGCUGGCAUGUCCUCCUAGAUGACAACACCGUUAAAGACACGGACGACUAAGACACGACCUCUUCUUCCGCUUCUCCUCCUCCCUAGAUUCAUCCACCCCAGGCUGUUUCUAUCUUCCUCUCAAAUACAUUAUUUUGUCUUCCAUUCUUGGUCUUCCUACUUUUAGUAAUGUAAACCUGAAUUAGCAGCAAAUUAAGGGCCUCUGUUUUUACAACUUCUUUCUUCGUGUGCUGACAGAAUGCUUAUUGUAUGCAUGUACUCAUCAACACAGUGUUUACAGUGAAACAAAAAGAACUGCAACACAUUAUAUAGAUUACAUUAUGUAGAUGACAUCGUCUCUGACCCCCACCCUGGAUUGUGCUGUACAGAGUUAUGGCAUGGUCAUAAUCUGUGUUCUAUACUUCUAUACUGUGCUCUUAUGACAUGGUCAUAAUCUAUGUUCUAUGCUUCUAUACUGUGCCCUUAUGACAUGGUCAUAAUCUGUGUUCUAUACUUCUAUACUGUGCUCUUAUGACAUGGUCAUAAUCUGUGUUCUAUACUUCUAUACUGUGCUCUCAUGACAUGGUCAUAAUCUGUAUUCUAUACUUCUAUACCGUAACUGCAGGGUACUAGGGUUUGCUCUGACAAAGCAUAAUCUUCAAGUGGUACUGUAUGUACAAACAGUUUGUUAAAAGGAGGAUAUGAUGGAUGUUACGGAACAUAUAUUGAUGUUAUUUAUGUAUGAAGAUGUUUACAUAGUUAGUAUUAGCUGUUUAUGUUGCUAACAUGUCAUGUUAUUGAGCAUUAGCUCGCCUAAGAACCAUGGGAUAUCAUAGAAACCUGGAAUGCACUGAUUUAGAUAUUGCUCUCUAUUUCUUUCUUUCUUUCUCUAUCUAGCUCUGUCUGUCUCUCUGUCUGUCUCUCUGUCUCUCUAUCUCUG